AUGACAUGGCUCCCGCGCUGGAUUGCGGCACUGGAUAGCAUCUGGUUCUCGCUCAAACGUCGCUUUGGCCCCCAGACAGUCCCGGACUGUUUGUUUUUCUUCUGGAACGAGAAUGCCUUCAUGCCAGCUUCAUAUUCUCAGACACUUUGCCAACUUCGGAGCUACAUGGUGAAGUCAGGCAUACCCGCUGCACAAGCUAGGUGCUACUCUGGCGAGCAGUCCAUAGUGGCUUCCGUCCGGUCAGGCCCCAACACCGUGGAGGGCAAUGAUGAUGCUGCUGACUUUCUGACAAGGGAGGCCAAAGAUGAAGACCUUCGGGUCGACCCCUUUAUGGACUCUGAUGGCGACGAGCCGGGCACGCAGCAAAGCGCUUCAGAGGCACCCCAGCCUAAGGGCUGGCCAAAGGCCGCGGCGCCCCCUUCUCAGGAGUGCGGGUCCUUCCGCUUUCUAGUCAGAGGCUCUAGCUUGGUCGAAGCAUUUGAGGCUCUCCCCCUGGACGAGAAGCUCAAAGUGCUCCGCUCUAUGGAUGCCCGGGGCCGCCAGCAAACUGCGGAGACCAACACCCCAGCACCAGCGGUUGCCCAUCAGGGGAGCGCAGGCAGCAGUGGCCCGACAAUCCCCACACCUCCCGUGGAUCCAAUGGGGGAGCACAUCGCUUCCGAAGAGUACAAUGAGCCGACUUUGCCCGCUUCUGGGGCCACAGCUGCACAGCCCACAUCCCGGCCUAUGCCGGAGGUUGCCAAGGCAGCCAAUCGCGGGCAAAAACCUCCACCGGAUGUGAAGACACCACCAGCCCGGUCAACAGCCGCACCGGCAAACAAUCCAACCGCUGCAAAGGCCAACCCGCCUCCGGGGCACAUUCCACCCACAGCAACCCCGGCUGCUUCGACCCCGCGACCUUUUCAGAUCGCACCGCUUCUUAUCAUCCCCGGCAUCGGUGCAGAGAUUGCAAGCGAGCAGAAGGGCGCUCGGCCCAACAGACCCCAGCUUACAGCACCGAAGCUUGGGAACACGGCGGCUGGCAAGAGCAGCCCGCUUGGAGCUGGGAUGAACAGUGGGGCGGCUCCUGGAAUGAGGGCUGGAAUCAGGGCCAAUGGCGCCAAUGAGUCCCGCUUGCGGGAUGGAAUCGCCCCGCUUUUGGGCGACAAAGCUCGUCGCUUCGUCUCCCCGCUGGGGCUCAGCACUAGGCGCAACCUCCCAGGCACGAGGCCCCCAUCAGCUUAUGUUAUUCACAGCAUCAUGAGCGACUUCAAUCAGAUGAUCACGGAAAGUGCCAUCCCGCCCGCGGUAGCCACCUUGCUUGGAGCUUUCAACAGAGCCCUGUUCGCACGCGCUUGUGCAAGUCAAGCAGAGCUCGACGAGCUCAUCAAUGAGUUCACAAACACAGCAUCCAUCUCGGCACCCGCAGAGCUCAGCUUUUCCGACCGCUUCAUCAACACCCGGCGCCUCGACAACAGCAUCGCCGUGUGGGCCCCCAGCUUUGCUGUCCUCAUCCUGGCAAGAGAGUUGGCCGGCAAAGUUGAGCCCCGAGAAUACUUCUGCACUACGCAAACGCUUCGAGGAUGA